AUGCGUUUCGGCAGCUUCUUCGCCGCCGGCUUCGCCGCCCUGGCCGCCGCCGCCGCCACCCCCGAGCAAAUCGUGACGGGCAUCAACGUCCUGACGCAGAAGACGUCUGCCCUCCAAGGCCCCGCCCAGAGCAUCACCAUUCUCAACGCGCCUCUCAUCAUCAUCGGCCAGGGUCCCUUUCCCCAAAUCAUUGCCGGCUAUAGCGACCUUGUCAGCACCACCAACACCCUCUCGGCCCAGAUCGGCACCGGGGCUGAGCGCCGUGCUUUGGAGAUUCGCGAGGACGGCGGCGCUAUUGUCCGCGACGCCUUCCGCACAUUUGUCAGAGUCUCGCAGGCUACACUCAACAUCUUGAUUGGAAAGGCUGGCCUCUUGGAGAAGGUGCCGCUGGUGGGCCCUCCUGUGGCUGCCGUUCUUCGCGCAUAUGAGGCUUCUCUCGAUAACCUUUCUAUUCAGCUCAUCAGCACGUUUGCGUCCGUCUCUGCUGACUUGACAAACGAAGCCAACUCGCUGAGCGCCACCUUGGAACUUGCGAUUCAAAAGUACGAGGGUCUUCAGAUCUAA